CAUAUUCUGGAGAAGAGACGCCGUGUCUCACUGAGAUCUAGUCAGGAUUGAUAACAAUGAACAGACAUGUCUAGAGCGAGGUCAAUUGUACCCUGCCUCCGCCCAAUCCUUCGACAUGCUUCAUCGUGUAGCCCUGGAUGGGCAUCCGCAGCCCGGUCCUCUCCUCUGGACCUGAGAGGAAACGAGAGGGCAUUGGUCGCAUGGUCUUUCGGACAGACGAGAUGGUCUCAUAAUAAAACGCACAUCGAAGACGACAAGCCGCAUAUUCUGUUCUGUGGAUCCGAUCAUUUCAGUAUCGCGGCCCUUCAAGCGGUCCUCAAGCGGGUAGAAGAUGGGACGGUCGGGUCAGUGUCCGUGGUCUGUCGACCUGGGAAGCGAGUUGGUCGAGGGCUGAAGGAGAUACGAGACGUCCCGCUCAAGAUAUUCGCCCAAUCCCACAACCUCCCUCUCCACGUCCUCCCCGCUGAUACAUUCACCAAAUGGACACCACCGACCUCCCCCUCCCUCAUCAUCACCGCUUCCUUCGGCCUUUUGGUCCCUCCGCGCCUUUUACGACUCGCAAAACACGGCGGCAUCAAUCUCCACCCGUCCCUUCUCCCCGACCUACCUGGCGCCGGACCCAUCCACCAUGCGCUGUUGCAAGGACGGGAGUGGACGGGUGUGACCGUGCAGAGGCUGCAUGAGACGAGCAUGGAUACAGGGACGGUAGUGGCGCAGCGGUGGGUAAAGGUUGAGGAGGGCAUGAGCGUGGAGGAGUUAGUAGGAUCGGUCACGGAAGAGGGGGCGAGGGUACUGGGCGCCGUGAUUGAUGGGAGGAAGUUUGUGCGAAGACAGUCAGACGUCGAUAGCCACGGUGUCACUGUCGUAGAAUCGAGCGAUACCCAGCCGGCAGAGUCAAGCACGAACGUCGACCCAGCCCAGCCCCUACCCACCGCGCCAUCCGUUCAUGCAGAAACAGAGGCAGAGGCCGAAUCUCCCCGCCGCCUCAUCAUCUCCCACGCCCCCAAAAUCACCCCCUCAGACCGCCGCAUCGCCUGGCCCACCAUGUCCGCUCGCCACAUAGCGCGCCGUUCCCGCAUCCUCGCGAACCUCUGGGACACCACGACGUACGACGCUUGCAUGGACCAGGUGAGCCCUCACCCCUCCUCCGAUCAAUCAAACCCGUCCGAAAACUCGGGUCUCGUGGCGAAGGUCCACGGAGCGAAACGCGUCAUCUUCCAACAUAUCUCGGUUCCAUCGCCAGGUCCAACACCGCUCUGGCAUACCGUCAAUCCGACGAGCACUGCGGACAACGAGACCGGGAUCGCGGUGCCGUGUCGCGAUGGGAGCGUCGGAUGGGUGAAGGUACCGGGUUUUCUACGACCCGGGGACCCGGUGCUGCUGCCGUGGAGCGAGCCGACACCGUCCGAUGACGGUGUCCCGGUGCUGUUCGCGAUCGGCGGCCUGGGAGACGUACAUGGGACGGAGGGCGAUGAUGCGCGCUAUCCGCCUGUAGCUAGGACGCUACUCAUCCCCGAGUCCGCGACCGUCGACAGUGGGUUGAGAGGGCAGGGGUUACAGACGUUGGCGCAGGAGAUGAUGGGGAGGGAUGGCGGGAUGAAGGUAAGGGUUAUGAACGGGACGAUCGGUGGAGAUAAUGGGGAUGCGGAGGCGAGGCGAAUGGAGCGGGUUGGAAAACGGAGAUACUUGUGUGACGUGGAUGCUGAUGGGUGGAAGCUAUUGCUGACGAAGUGGGAGAAGGUCCGAAAUACCCAGAGUACGGAAUUGUAAAGUCGAGCAAUUGUACAUAGACCGACGGACAUAGUUUCGCCUGAUAGCAUAUGUAGAAUAUUUUUUGAUUAGGAGCUAUGCUAAGCAGCU